GUACAACAGUUGGAGAUCAGCUGAACUGAGAACAGACAUCAUCACAAUCUAAGAACUACAACUCACGGCAAGAGGAUCAACAACAACAACAACAACAACAAAACUUGUCGACUUUGGUAAAAGUGCCAAAAAAAACUACCGUGCGUAAUUACGCAUCAGAAGCAAUGAGUGCCACAGCAGCCAUGGAGGUGAACGUGGAAGCCAGGCGGAUCCUGGCCGUGUCGAUAAGCAAGCUGUACGCAUCCCGGAUCCAGAGAGGGGGGCUGAGGCUUCACCGGAGCCUCCUGCUCUCCCUGGUCAUGAGGUCCGCCCGGGAUAUCUACCACUCCUCCCGGGAGAGCGACGCGCCGAGCGACGCGCCGCCGGCACCGGAGGAGCCGAUGGACACCAACUCCGGUCCCGGGGAGCAGAACCGGCUGCCCGAGCCGCAGCCAGAGCCCCAGCCGGCCGACGCGGCCCCGGAGGAGCUGGAGGACGGCUGUGAGAACGACAUGGCUGAGGACAAAGAGAACCUGAGCCCGGCCCGGCAGUCCAGGAAGCGCCGGGGCAAGGCGUCCGCGGCGCCAGACUUCCUCCCCAGCAAGAGGGCGAGGCUGGAGCCCGGAGAGGAGAGGUAUGCGGCCCCGGUGGGCAGCUGUCGAGCCGGGGCAGGGGACUCUCUGGCCGCUCUGACUCUAAAUCGGGUUAUACCUGCCUUCUGAACAGAUGGGGGAAGGAAAUAGCCUCCAAUGGGACUUUGGAGCGGAGUGAUUCUCGACUCCUCGUGAGCCUAUAAGGGCCGUUUGAUCCCUUUUGCGCACCAGGGAGCUGACCUACAUCAGCAGUGCCGGGACUGAGGGAUUACCGGGGCCACCGUGCGAGCUCUCCGGUCAAUCUCAAGUGCGCCUGCCGGGCUGGGAAAAGCCCCCCCGCUGAGAUCAACAAGAGGAAUAACAAGGAGAGCAGGAGAGAAGGAGACCGGACCGGAAAACCCGCGGAGGAAACUGGUUGUGUUGGGUUUUUUUCUUCUUCUGUGAUUCACCUUCAAGUUGAGUCCGGACAAGUGACUGGUGCUGAUUCAAAGUGUGUGUCGGGGUGAAUCAGCAGAGUAAUAUGAGUCAGUGAGAGAAGAAGUGAAGUGGCUGACCACAAAGCAACACACACACACACACACACACACACACACACACACACACACACACACACGCACACAUACACACCGAGAAGUUGGACUUCAGGGAAUUUCCUGCCUUCAAACCAGGACUCAGACACUGAAC